CUUGGUGCUGACAUCCACCCUGCCCACAAACCCAGCUAAGCCUAGCGGGCCAAGCACAGCGCCAUGGACGGCCGGGUGCAGCUGAUGAAGGCCUUCAUGGCCUGGCCCAUCCGGCACUUGGGGCGUCGCUGGAGGAACCCGAUUCCCUUUCCCGAGACGUUUGACGGCGACACCGACCGGCUCCCGGAGUUCAUCGUGCAGACCGGCUCCUACAUGUUCGUGGACGACAAGACGUUCUCCACCGACGCCCUGAAGGUGACGUUCCUCAUCACCCGCCUCACGGGCCCGGCCCUGCAGUGGGUGAUCCCCUACAUCGAGAAGGACAGCCCCCUGCUCAGUGAUUACCGGGGCUUCCUGGCCGAGAUGAAGCGGGUCUUUGGAUGGGAGGAGGACGAGGACUUCUAGGCCGCGAGAGCCCCUGGCCUGCGGCGGGUGCUCCGGGGAGGGUGGGCUGCGCCUGUCGCCGCCACCGCCACCGCCACCGCCAGGGUGGCCAUAGGCGGCCUCCCGCCG